AUGGUAGGGUGUUUGACAUUCAGAUUCCCGAAUUCUCCUUAGAAGCGAUUCUAACAGGAUCUAGUAAAAUUACAGCACAAACCAUAGUCGAACUAUUUAAUGUAGCAAUGAAGGUCAGACAUAAGGAGAUACUAUGCUGGUAUUGUUACUAUAAAGCGUACGAGGAUCGAAUUAGGGAUUUUAAAUCUACGAAUAAGAUUGACGACCAAUCGGCAAGGACAUUGGUAUACAGCGAAAUCAAAUCCCUUCUUCCAGACAUUACUGACGUGAACUUGCGUAAAAUCACUUCUAGAGCUAAAAAGGUUUAUGUAUUAUUCGAGGGGAUAGGAAUAGAUAAAAUUCAAGCAGUUACUUAUAGCGCAAGUGCUAUUUCAAGUUUGAUAGAAAUUCAGAUCCAAGGCAUUAUAAGUUGUUUUCCCAAGACUUAUAAGUCUUCUACGGAUGAUACAGAUGAAUGCCAAAAAAUGAUCAGCGUGACAAAUCGUCACGCGCACGUGACUGAAUCUUCUGAGAUAUUGGAUCAAUAUCCUAAUCUAUAUAGAGAAUGUAGUAGUGAAAAUUUCGAUUAUUAUGGAAUUACUGAUGAGACAUCAUGCGGAGUCUCGAGAGAGACCAUCUGCCCAUUAUGCAAAUUAGGUCAUAAUGAUGAAGAAAUAGAAGAUUGGCAUGCCAAAUUAAGUGGGCUACCAAGCGUUUUGACAGAUAAAAUUCGCUUCAAAUUUUACAAAAGAUAUAAAAAAGAAACUGGAUGUGAGCCAUGGCAAUUAUCAGAAGAUCGCCUUCUCAUAAAUUCGAAACCAGAAAACAAAGUAUCCUAUUUAACUUCUCCUGAGCAAUGUGAAGAAAAAGGGCCCAUCACUUUCGAAGCCAGACCCGAUCCAAAAUUAAUUAUUAACCGUGGAGCUCACCAUGUCCUAUUUGCGAUGGAAAACAUGGGAAUUAUGGAUUACAUGGCUCAUGCAUAGGACAAAAACAGAUCAUGUGAAAUCAAUCACCCGAAAAAAUGUACUCAUUGCCAUGAUAAAUGCACUGCUGAAAUAAUAGGACUGUGCAAAUUCCAAGUACAGCUUAUAAAGAGCUGGAAGGCGCUUUGCUAAGGCAGAACUACUUUGAAAAAUGGCAUAUAUUUAGGGGAUGGAAGCAUGGAUGUAAGGUUUGUGAGGAAUGUGAUCAUCACUCACAUCUGUAUUGCAAAAGGUGUAAGAAGGUGGCGGAAGGAAUUUAUAAGCGAUGUGAAUGUCCUCAAGUAAUUUGAUCAAUAAAGUAAUGGUGCAAAUUUACUAGACAUUUUAUAAUUUUUUCGCAUGGAAUGAGUGAUAGGAUUGUGUGAAGCA